AUGGAUAUUAAAGUUCCCUUUUGGAAGAACAAGGUUGCUAUUAUCACCGGAGCUUGCUAUGGUAUAGGAGCCCAGAUAACAAAAGAUUUGCUCAAGAUUGGAAUGGUUGUUAUCGGUUUUGAACCAACUGAACAGAGAGUAACAGAAAUGCUAGAAAAACUUGAAGAAUGGGGACCCGUUGAAGGACAACUGAUUCCUUGUAAAUGUGAUAUUUCUAAUAAUGCAGAUUUAAAGAAUGCUUUCGAAGGCAUAGUGGCUGCAUAUGGUGGUGUUGAUCUUUUAAUCAACAAUGCUGCCAUUGGGAAAGAAGGUCUCAUAUGCACAGGUGAUAUUGAAGACAUGAUUACAGUAACAAAUGUUAACAUUUAUGGCCUCCUCGCGUGUACACGAUUUGCUAUAGAAUCGAUGAGCAGAAAGAAUGUUCCCGGGCAAAUUAUAAACAUCAAUAGCAUUUGUGGCCACUACAUGCCACCUUUUGCUGAACCGAAGAUAAAUAUGUACAUAGCAUCAAAGAGAAUGAUGACUGUGCUGAACGCAUUACUGAGAAGAGAAUUAAAACAGUUGAACAUAAAAAUGAAAGUAACGAGUAUUUCCCCUGGGCUAGUUCGUACUGGUAUUUUUAAAACUGCGGGGAUUAAGUUUAUAGACGACAACUUCUUUAACAACCAUCCUCAUUUGACAACGGAAGACGUUUCAAAUGUAAUAUUGAUGAUAUUAUCAACUUCACAGAAACUGCAAGUUAAUGAAGUAAUUUUUCAUGCUUUACACGAAAUAUAUUAA